CCUCUCCCUGUAACGAGGACCCGCGCCUCGGUUCUCUAUACCAGCACGGCAGCAACGGAAACGGACCUAACCAGUCAUUUACUGAACCCGAAAGCGAUGGGUUAGUCAUGGUUCCACUCGGGAACGACGGCGUGCAGAACGAGGAGUCGCCACAACCGCAGCCGGUUCUGUACCAGAACGCGCGGCAGGAUCACAGACGGCCCUCCAUCUAUAGCACCCUGGACCAAGUGCCCCAUUACGCGUUUUACGCCAAUACCGCAGUGCCAGGGAGGCUGAAGAAGAGCCGACCUUCCUUGAAUGUGCUUCGCAGCCCCCCCCCACAGGGGACCCCAGACAAACCCUCUGAUGAAGAGGCCAACGUGGGCAGUAAGCCCGAAUCACAGCCGGUCCGAUUCGGCUGGGUGAAGGGGGUAAUGAUUCGCUGCAUGCUGAACAUCUGGGGGGUUAUUCUAUACCUGAGACUGCCCUGGAUCACUGCACAGGCUGGAAUAGGCCUUACUUGGGUGAUCAUUCUGUUGUCUUCUCUUGUGACAACAAUCACUGGACUCUCCAUCUCUGCCAUCUCCACCAAUGGGAGGGUGAAGGCGGGUGGCACAUACUUUCUGAUCUCCCGCAGUCUUGGUCCAGAGCUGGGUGGCUCUAUCGGACUGAUUUUUGCCUUCGCGAAUGCAGUGGCUGUGGCAAUGCACACCGUGGGCUUCUCUGAGACUGUACGGGACCUGAUCAUUGAGUAUUCUGGUGGGCCCUUAGUGGACCCAGUUAAUGAUAUCCGGAUUAUAGGUGUUGUCACUGUGGUAGUUCUGCUGGGAGUCUGUAUGGCCGGCAUGGAAUGGGAAUCAAAGGCUCAGAUACUGUUUUUCAUAGUUAUCCUCAUAUCUUUUGUGAACUACUUCAUGGGUACUGUUAUACCAGCGACUGAGGAAAAACAAUCAAAGGGAUUUUUCAACUACAAAGCUGACCUUUUCCUAAGUAACAUGGUCCCAGAAUGGAGAGGGGAGGAUGGCAGCUUUUUUGGAAUGUUCUCCAUUUUUUUCCCAUCGGCCACUGGAAUUCUAGCGGGUGCCAACAUCUCAGGAGAUUUAAAGGAUCCUGCCGUGGCCAUUCCACGAGGCACUCUGAUGGCAAUCUUCUGGACUACCAUAUCUUACUUGACUAUCUCGGCGACAAUUGGCUCCUGUAUGGUGCGCGAUGCCUCUGCCAGCCUCAACGACACGCUCCUCUCCAAUGAGACUGCAGGCUGUGAGGGGCAAGCAUGCCGCUACGGCUGGAACUUCAGUGAGUGCUACAGAGCCAGGGACUGUACUCAAGGACUGCUAAACAAUUACCAGACUCUGAGCAUGGUAUCUGGGUUCGGACCCCUGGUCACUGCAGGGAUCUUCGCCGCCACCUUGUCCUCUGCCCUGGCCUGCCUUGUCUCGGCUCCCAAGGUUUUUCAGUGCCUUUGCCAAGACAAUCUCUACCCACUGAUUGGUGUCUUUGGAAAAGGAUAUGGCAAAAACAAUGAACCCAUGUGGGGUUAUGUGCUCACUUUCUUCAUCGCUGUGGCCUUUAUUCUGAUUGCUGAGUUGAAUGUGAUUGCUCCGAUCAUCUCCAAUUUCUUCCUGUGUUCCUACGCGCUCAUCAACUUCAGCUGCUUUCACGCCUCCAUCACUAAUUCUCCAGGCUGGAGGCCCUCAUUCCGGUACUACAGCCGCUGGACGGCUCUGUUUGGAGCAAUCAUCUCCCUUGUGAUCAUGUUUCUGUUGAACUGGUGGGCAGCACUCAUUGCUCUAGGCAUCGUGGUCUUCCUUCUGGGAUACGUCACCUACAAGAAACCAGACAUUAACUGGGGUUCCUCCAUGCAGGCUGGCACCUACAACCUGGCUCUUUCCUACUCCGUCUCUCUUGCUGGGGUGGAGGAUCAUGUUAAAAACUUCAGGCCACAGUGUUUAAUAUUGACCGGUCCUCCGAAUUUCCGUCCUGCAUUGGUUGAUUUUGUGGGCACCUUUACCAAGAACAUUGGCCUCAUGAUCUGUGGGAACAUAAUCAUGGGUGAUGGUAAGAAUGUCCAGCAGGAAGAGACGACCAGCGCAGAGGUGAAGUGGUUGAACAAGCGCAAGAUCCGUUCCUUCUACACCUCGCUGUCUGGGGACAACCUGAGAGAUGGAGCCAGGAGCCUCAUGCAGGCUACUGGCCUGGGAAAGCUGAAACCCAACACUCUCUUCAUGGGAUUCAAGGGAAAUUGGCAGGAAGACUUGCCACGAAAUGUUGAUGACUAUAUUGGAACUAUACACGAUGCUUUUGACAUUAACUAUGGAGUGUGCCUGCUGAGAUUGACAGAGGGCUUGGACAUUUCUACCAAGAUGAAGGCUCAUGGUAAGUUAGUUUCAGUUUUGUUGGGUGAACAAGUCAGUAGCAUUUUCCAGGCGAAACAGGGAAAGAAGACCAUUGAUCUCUACUGGAUUUCUGAUGAUGGAGGCCUGACACUUCUAAUCCCAUACCUGCUGACCAGAAAGAAGAGGUGGAGACAGUGCAAAGUGAGGGUCUUCAUCAUCGGACACCAGGACACUGUACAGGAGGAGAGGAAGGAAAUGCUUUCCCUACUGAGUCAGUUUCGUUUGGACUUUCAUGAUGUCGUUGUGAUUAUAGACAGUGAGCAAGCCCCGCUGUCUGAGAAUAUGAAGAGGUUUGAGGACUCCACUGCCCCUUACAGGCUCAAUGAUGGCUUACGGGACGAGGCUACACUACGGGAGCUGAGGAAGGACUGUCCUUGGAUGAUCUCGGACAGAGAGAUGGAACAAUUGAAGCAGAAGUCUGAAAGAAAGAUCAGGCUGAAUGAGGUUAUCCAAGAAAACUCCCCUGAAGCAGCUUUAGUCCUUGUGAGCUUGCCUGUGGCAAACAAAGACUGCUGUCCAAGUGCACUGUACAUGGCCUGGCUAGACGCAUUGUCUCACAACCUGAGGUGCCCAACACUUCUGAUCAGAGGAAACCAACAGAGUGUCCUCACCUUCUACUGCCAAUGAGGCUCCUCUUCCUGUGAUUUAUUAUCCUAUAAACCCUCAACGCACUGGAGAAUCACACAACUGCCAGCUGUCUCCUUCUUGAGAAUCCAAUGGCGUUUCUGGCAAAGGGAUGGAAACCAAUUCAACCCCAAGAGCAUUAGAUUCAGCGUAGCAAUUUGCCAACUUUAUUGAAACUCAAGACUUUUGACUUUGUCUUUUAAAUUGUUUUAACUGCAGUAUAUGAAAGAUAAUUAAUAAGCUUGCUGAGACCUUAAAAAAAAUCCAAAAGAGAAGGCUGCUUACACAUGUGGAAAGCUACACUAAAUAUUUACUAAAUUUAGUCUAAAUUUAAACUGGAGAACGUUGGAUGAGUUUUUUUUUUAUUAUUAUUAUUGUUUUACUAGAUCAGUUUUCUAUAAGACAUCUGGACAGCUUUAUGGAAUUACCCACUUUGAUGUCCUGUAAACGAAUAUUUCUGUUCCAGUAAUGGGAAGUGUCAGGUAACAUUUGCAGUGUGGUGUUUCUGAACUGGAAACUUCAAACUUUUUUGUAAUUUGAACCCUCUUUUGUAACACAGCAUUUCUCCUAUGUUUGCGUCCUGUCAUUUCAAAUCUGGGGGUCAAUCUGCAGAAAUCUUAAGUAGGUACCCGCAGAAUGUUCUACAGAACUUCUUGUGUUCAACAUUUGUAUUAGUAAUAGAUUAUAAAACUGGAAAUCAAGUAAAAAUAAUAUCAAACAAUGUAUGGGCUACGUACUUUCAAUGUAGUAUAUCAAGCAUUUUUAUCAGUAAAAUCUUUAUAAAAUGUCCAACACAAACAUCACAAGACUUCUUCUUUGGCCACAUUUUCAAAGCCUGAACUCCAGUCUUUAACUUCUACUUUUUGAAGGAGACAUAUUAAUUUAACAAUACUAGAAUCGAACAGCUAAGUUCUAUAUGUCAGAUCCCUGUAGCAGUCUGAUCAUUAUGAUGACGAUGUAGCUGUAGAAUAUGGAGAAUCUGUGGAAGACUGAGAAUUCUGCGGGAGCCUGCAGAAUUCCAGAAAGUUCCGAGGAAUUCCGUUGGGCUGGCUCCACUGAUGAUUUUUAUAUUUAUAUUAAUAAGUUUAUAUCAGUAUGCUGACACCUUUCCAGCAUGCAUAGUCACUACCAGGCGCUGAUGUCAAUGGAGAUCAGAAACGAUACUGAUGUAUUGCCAGCCUUUCCCAACAAACACUGCCAAGUUAGAGGAAUUUGUAAUUUGUAGUCUUCCCUACCCUACAAGAUGGCUGACAGCCCAAGGAGUACACUUCCUGUAGUCCAAAAUGACGGUAGAGGGUGUCUUCAGUUAAAUUCAGAGACUUGAUAUUAAAUAUGUUCGUAUAAAACACAGAUCUCGCAGUUUUGGUUUUCUUUGAUUAUGUUUUUAGCUCUUUAUGGUACAAGGGACAUGUGUGUUCCACUAAUACAAAAUUACUUUCUUAUUUU